AAACAUAAUGAUUUUUUUUUUUUUUCAAACAUAAUUAAAUGUAUUUUGGCGCAUGUAAUUAAUGACGUCAUGCGAGCGCACGCAGACGAAAUUCAGCAUCGUCGCAGUGCAGACUGAAACGCUGAUGAGUCUUGAACACACACACACACACACACACACACACAACUUAGACUGUGUAGUUCAAAUAUAUUACUUUGAUCCAGACUGCGGCUCCAGAUCCUGGUGUGCGUCACAAACUUAACAGGAGAAAAUGGGGGCAUCAGAGUCACAUGCAAGAGCUCAAUCCGAUCCAGAUAUUAGAGAGAGAGACCUGGAGAGAAGAGAGAAAGAACUGAAGCAAAGAGAAACAGAACUGGAUAAAAGACUGAUGGACCAGCAGAGAACACAGAUGUGCUGGUUUAUACGUCAAAUACUGGGGAAAAGAGAGAUGGAACAAGAUUUUUUAGAGCCGGAACAGGAGAAAACAGCAAUGGAUCCAGAUAUUAAAGUGAGACAACCAGAGAAAAGAGCAAUUGAACCUAUUAUUACACAGAUAGAACUGGAUAGAAGAGCGAUGGAACUGGAUAGAAGAGCGAUAGAACUGGAUAGAAAAGUGAUAGACUUGCAUGCGGAACUGAACAGAAGAGCGAUGGAAAUGGAUAUUAGACAGAGAGAAAUUGAGAAAAGAGCAGAGAAAAGACAGACUGAACUGGAUAAAAGACUGACGGAACUGCAUGUAAGGCAAUAUAACUUGUAUAAAAGAGACAGAGAAGCAAUGGAACUGGAUGGAACAGAGAUAGGACUGAAGAAAAGAGUGACGGAACCAGAUAUUAGAGAGAUAGAAAUGGAGAGAAAAGAGAUGGAACCAGAUAUUAAAGUGAUCGAAAUGGAGAGAAAGGAGAUGAAAUUAGAUUUUAAAGAGAGAGGACUGGAUAUUAGAGAGACAGAACUGGAUAGAAGAGAGAAUGAAAUGGAGAAAAGAAAGUGUGAAAUGGAUAGAAGAGAGAGUGAAAUGGAGAGAAGAGAGAGCGAAAUGGAGGGAAAACAGAGCGAAAUGGAGGGAAGAAUGAGAGAACUGGAGAAAAGAGCAAUGCAACUGGAAAGAAGAGAAAUGGAUCUCCAUUGGGAACUGAAAAGAAGAGUGAUGGAAAUGGAUAUUAGACAGAGAGAAAUGGAGAAAAGUGCAGAGAGAAGACAGACUGAACUGGAUAAAAGACUGAUGGACCUGCAUCUAAGGCAAUAUAAAGAGUAUAUAAGAGACCAAGAAGCCAUGGAACUGGAUGGAAGAGAGAUAGGACUGAAGAAAAGAGUGAUGGAACCAGAUAUAACAGAGAUAGAAAUGGAGAGGAAAGAGAUGGAACUGGAUAUUAGAGAAAGAGUACUGUAUAUUAGAGAGAGAGAACUGGAUAGAAGGGAGAGCGAAAUGGAGAGAAGAAACACCGAACUGGAGAAAAGAAAGUGUGAACUGGAUAGAAGAGAGAGUGAACUGGAGAGAAGGCCUGACGGAAUGGAACCUGUUCGAAGUAGCAGCAAUGAGUUAGACCUUCCUAACAUGUCUGAAAGUGAGGUCAAAUCUACAGCCGAUCUGAAUGGAAAUUGAAGUGAGUUGAAGCAUUUUGCAGUUUUCCGGUGAAGGGCAAGUACAACUGAUCAACUGAGUUGCGUUAAAGGAAACCAUCUACUAGCUAAAUGUAAAAUGUGAAUAAAAGUUUUGUAAAAGUGGAUGAAAUCAUCAUUUUCACAAGUUCAGUCUAAAGUGGUUGAUUUACUGUACAGUUCACUUAUAGACUAUUUAAUGAAUAUGACAUCACAGUCACAGGCAUCUGUUCUGGUUUAAUUAAUUAAUUCAUUCAUUCAUUCAUUCAUUCAUUCAUUCAUUCAUUUAUUUAUUUAUCAAACAAUUCAAUAGAAAUGUCGCUUGUAAGCAGGACUGGGAAGGUUUUAAAAAAAUGUAUUUCACUACAUAUUACAAAAUGCAAAAUCUUUAAAAUAUAAUCAGUAAUGUAUUUAGUUAGAUUACUCAGGUUAGUAACUUAAGAUUAAUACUUUAGAAUAAUUUAAAAUACUUAAGCUAUGAAACACACAAAGGAACAUAUUAAAGCUGCAGUAGGUAACUUUUGUAAAAAUCUAUUUUUUUACAUAUUUGUUAAACCUGUCAUUAUGUCCUGACAGUAGAAUAUGAGACAGAUAAUCUGUGAAAAAAAUCAGUGGUCCUAUCGCCUUUUGCAGGAAUAAAUGUGUUCAAAAUUUACAAAAUGAACAUAAUAAGCGAGUACACCAUGAAUCCAUGUUCCAAACCUUGUUUUUGGCUUGUCCUGAAUCACUAGGGUGCACCUAUAAUAAGUGUUUAUAUUCGGACUAUUUUAUAUUGCUUCGGGGGUACCGCGGCGGAGUAACCCAGUACCUUUGUGAUUCUUCAUAGACAUAAACAGAGAGAAGUAGUUCCGGCUACGAUGUUCUUCCGCAAGACGCAAGCAGUUCUGUUUAUUAACCGCUAGAGCGUCAAAAGUUACCGACUGCAGCUUUAACUGGAUGUCUUGUUUUUAUGUUUUCCAAAAGUGAUAAGAUUUGUGUUUUCUUUGAAUUAAAUUUUUAAUAACAGCAGUUUUUCACAUAAUUUCUAUGAACAUCAAAAAAAAUGUUAUGUCAUUUAAAUCUUCCAAUCAAUAGAAAUUUUAUUUGAAUACAAUGAAUGGGAUUCCGUGCUGUUUCAUGCUGCAUUCCAAGCUUCAAAGCGAUUUCAGACACACCAAACCAGUGGCGUAGCCAGAAUUAAAUUUUUGGGUGGGCCUGUGCAAAAACGAGCGACACUAGGCUAACUAAUGGAAAGUACGCAUGGUAAACUGUCUAAGUUACUUGCGGACUGACGGAGGGACUUUCUCCCUCAUCAGUAAGAGGGAGUCUUUUUUUUUUUUUUUUGAGAAUUUAUGCAUUGCUGAUGUUUUUCUAACAUUUCCUAACACGCAGCUGAAAAUUACAGUCCAAAUGAAUGGGUGAACACGCACGAAUUUACAUGCACGGCAUGCCCGAAACAGCCUGGAUAACAACUGGCUAACACUGUUGUCACUCAAACUCAUCAAGAACUAUGCAAAAACACAUUUUAUUUAUUUUAGUUAUUUGAGAUGUAUAAUAGUUCUGUCAACAGAGUGAACGGGCCUGUGCCUGUCAGGCCCUCAGCUGCCUACGACCAACACAUAAUAAAAGUAGCCAAAACAACUGGCACAGUUGUCCAAGUUAUACAAUACAUUGGUGUAAUCAAUGAACCAAACUUUAAGUAAUGAUAAUCCUCUCUAUGGAUAAGUGAUCGCUGAGUCAAAAUUGACAGGGCUCAUUGCUUGCAUGCUUUUAGGAAACACACCUCAGAUCUAUCCAGUUUGUGAACCAUUGGUUUCCACACUGGUUUCAUUAAACAAAAUAAAUGAUUCUUUUAAAAGAUUGAUUCAAAAGAAUCAUCUGUUCACGAUUCGGAUCAUGAACUCACAUUACCGAGCCAAAGAUGAUCUAUUCUUGAAUAUUUCGAAUGAAUAAAGACUUUAUAAAUGUAUAUUUCAUGCAUGAUUCGUAUGGAUCUGUUAACUGAAUGCAAAGUGUGAAUGAUGAGCAUGGAUGAUUACAUGUAUUGUAGAAACAUAAUUUUCUGUAAAGUUUCUUUGUAAUGAUUUGUAUUGUAAAAAAGCUCUAUACAAAUAAACUUGAAUUGAAUUGAAUUGAAUUGACCUGAAUGUAUGCAUGCUCACUACGAGUUGCUAAAUGAACAGCUGCUGCAUACAGUUUUUUUGUUUUAACGGAGAAUCAAUUGCGGUAUUGGUUAAAAUGUGACAUUAAAGUGAAAAGCAAUCACUUUGGUCAUCUAAAAUACGUUUCAGAUGUAACUGUAAUCUGAUCACCCGAUUUAAAAUGUAAUUAUAAUGAAAAACAGUUACUCAUAUUUUGUAUUUAAAAUAUGUAAUGCUGUUACAGUACAUGUAUUUCGUUACUCCAUGAAGGUAUCCAGUGCUAGCUGAAAGUUAUUAAAAUUCAAUUCUAAUCUGACUCGUUUUUUAUAAUGAUCUUGCAUUUGAUCUCUAGAAACUAUCCAAACUAACCUAGCAACCGCAUAGUAAUAUCCUAAUACCCACCUCGGGUACCCAAACUUUAAGCUUUUAAAACUACUUUAAACUUCAAACUAUUUCAGAACUAAAAACAAUCUAACUUGAAACUUUUCAAACUUUUACAAACUUUCUCACGCGGCUCUCUCAAGCCAACCUAAAGUUUGUCUUGACCAUUUUUUUAUCCAGUUAUUAUUAUUAUUAUGACCUUUGAUUAUUCUAGUUAACUCUUUACUUUAUAUUUUCUUGUUCUUUAGGAGUCUCUGUCGCUCAGGAUGUAUCAUGCGUGUCGAUGUACAUGUACCCCAUGAUCACAAACUCUCCAGUCUGAUCAUUAUUCAGAGGUUAUGACAAACUAUUUAAUAGAAAUGUCACUCUUUAAACAGUGGUUCUUUAGCCCCCUAUAGUCACAUAUGUAACAACUUAGCUGCAGCUCAAUAAUCAGCACUAAUGCUAGUACUAUUUGCCUAGCCCCCAAUAGUUAAUAUUACUACGUACAAGUUAAUUAAAGCUGAGACAAUAAUCAGAGGUUAUGGUCAAUGCUAUGAAGUAUGCCUAAACCAUGCUAAUACUCCAACAGUAUUUUGUCUAUCCCCCCAUAGUUAAUGCAAUUCCAUAACAACUUAACUAAAGUCAAGCAGUUAGUCAGAAAUCUCUAAUCUCACCUGAUGUGCCCCAUGCUCCAUCUAACCUGAGAUAUAGUGUUUACUAACCCUAGACGCAGAUUCACGGUAAUACACGCCUACACUUAAUCUACUUGAGAAAAUUAUUUCAGAGUAAGUCAAAAUAAAAUAAAAUGUUACAAUUAAUUAGUCAGGUAAAUAUGUAUCAUGCCAAUUACAUAUAGGAGGAAUCAAUCUCAGUGAAUGUGGAAACAGAUGUCUGUAUGUUAGUGUACUCUCUGUCUUUUGUGUGUCUCAGAUGAUCAAAGUGUCUGACGUUCUGUAGUUCUUACAUCACUGUGAUACUAUUGAACUGGGAAGUAUUUGUUGCAGUGUUUUGUUUCUGAUCGUUACAGUGGAUUAUUUGUCUUUUCAACAGCUCUAUGAUAAUAAAGUCAU